UAUAAAAAAGUUUGACCAAGGUGAGAUUAUGAAGCAUCUGUGCCAUUCAAUAAAAAUCUUGAUUAAUAUGAUUAGAGGAGAUUGUAUAGAGUUUUCGAAGCCAUGGGUGGAUCUUAAUCAUGUUUUUAUGCCAUUGUGUCUUCAAGGAGGUAUUUCUUUAGCUCAUUGGUUCCUAGUUGUUUUAGGAAUAGAUGAAAGAAUUAUCUAUAUCUAUGACUCAUUUUAUAAGGCCAAUGAUGAAGCUAUAAAAAAUUAUGUAAGAAACUACUGCAAAGUUCUUCCAUUCAUUCUUGAGCAUUUGGGAUUUCAUCAAAAACGUAAACAAUAUGCUGUUGGUCAUGAAGAAUUCAAGUUAGUUUGGAUUGAUGCUCCUCACCAAGGAAACCAAACUGAUUGUGGCGUUUACCUCAUCAAAUUUGUUGAAUUAUUGAUGAUGGGGGAGUCUCACUUCCGUAGUAGCCAAAACAAUGUUGAAGACAUGAGAAGAAAAAUGGCCAUAGAAUUUUGGGACCAUGCAUGCAUCAAAUUGAUUGAUGAUUGUAAGACUCCAUCAGUUCAAAUAUGCAAAUAUGAUCAGUGAGAGUGUUUACAGAUGGUUUAUUUUCGUGUUGGUUUAGUGAAAAUUAUCUAGCAGAACAAAUUUCAAUUUAUAGUUUCAAACCUAUUAGUUGUUUGAGUUGUUGGACAGAUGUAAAUUUUUCUAUUACUAGCUUUAAACAAGCAUGGUUAGUUUUGUUUACCUUUUUUAAGGAAUAAUGUUUGCCUAGAAAGAUUUCU